AUGCGCUCGAAUGGUGCCGUGCACAUCGGCAACGACGUCUUCCUUGCUGUCACGCGCGAUGUGACGGAUAAAGCAUUUCUCUUCUCUAGCUCCUUCCCACCAAGAGAGCAACUGGCGCCACUCCCGUUGAACCGCAAAACGCGCUUCCACCCACACGCCUCCCUGGCAUGCAGUGGGGCGGAGCUCAACCGGUAUGCCGAGUCCUCAGCGAGGGUGGGGUAUCCCACGGAGUACGGUAGUGACAGGGAAGCGGAAUUUGUCGCCGCCGCGUCCACACCGCUGUUCCAUCACUCCGCGCACGCCUCUCCUGACGGUCGCAAGAUCGCCUUCAUCAGCAAUGUCCGCCGUUACCACUACAUUAUGGACAUUUCCGUUGUGCCGGCGGCGGUUUGUGAGCUGGAGAUGCCCGAGGUAGUGCAGAGCGUGUGCUGGCACACCGUGGAGUACCACAUGCUGUGUGUGCUAUUUACUUCGGGCAACCUGACCAUCUACGACACGGACCAAUCUUACUUGGGUGUCACUGUGCCGCGGCACCGUCGUAUCACACUGCGACCAGCCAUUGAGCGCGCCCUCGCUGAAGCCGAGGCGUAUGAGCACCCCUUUCCUGCGACCCGGUCGACGUCAUCAGCGACAGUUCGUCUCGCCAAGAACGCACCCGCUUCAGACAACAAGGGGUCGCAGAGUACGCGCCCCAAGCCUCUGGCAGGGGAAAUCAGCACCCCACGUCGAUCGACUGCGUCACCGGCGCAUGCCACCACCACAGCGGCAACGGACGUUCGCUCCAUAACCCACCACAGCGGCGACGCGGAUAGUCAGGCACAGGCGGCCUCAUACCGAGUGAACCACGCGAAGAGCCUAACCAGCGGUAUGAUCGCUACUGCGAGCCACAUCGCCCACUCACCGCGUCACGCCGUACCAGCGGGUACCGGCCAUGGCGAGGUUCUACCACUUUCUGGCACCGACAAGGUCAGUGAGGAAGGCACUACCUCGCCCCCGCCCAGCCCCAAGCCCGCGACAUUGCCCACCUCGCAGCUGGACCUUGUGGGCAUGUACGCGCUGCCGCCAACGGAGAGCAUCCCUGCUAUUCUUCUUCUUCUAAGCAGCAGCGGCGACGUGUACGCAGUGCACCUCAGGGACGACUGCCUUCCAGUGGUCGCGGCGGCCGAGGCCACCAAUGAUGGCCGAGCUCACACGUGCGAAGAGGAGGCGCUGCGGAAAGCCGAGGUGGCCGCGGUCUCGCUGAACGUGGAGGUGCAUCAUCUCAUCUCUGGCGACGACACCGUUGCGGCCGGGGACGAGGCGCUCGCCGUUGCCGGCUGCCUGGUCGACAUGGAAGCUGGCACGCACGCUGUGUUUUUCUGCACCGCCAACGGGCUAGUCAAGGGUGCGUGGGUGAGUAGGCAGGACCUGCUGGCCCGCCACCGUGUCGCUCACGUGCGCGCUGUUGGCCGGCCGAACAUAUCCUUCACGCUGCAUACCAGUGACUCCUUGGGCGUGCGGGCCUCUCUCGCUCCAUCCGCUCCACCCAUCACGCACGGCGCAAGCAUGACCCUCUCACAAAACGUGUGCGUCAUGCGCAGCGGCGCCUCAGGGGAGGUGACGUUUGUUAUAGCGUUUCCGCACUGGGAUCGGCGGCGGCAGGGGUGGACGUGCUGGCGUCCUCCCUGCUCCGAUGCGCAAGAACGGGCACGCAAAGAAGCAGCACUGCCGCUGGUGAGCACUGACGCUGCUCCACCGUCGCCAAUCGUGCUGCGCCUGCCCUACGACACAAGCGACGCGAGCGUUGCUGUCGGGUGCACUGAACUCGCACUGGUGCCGGAGGUGUCCGCGAUGGACGGCUCGUGUAGGCGGCGCAACAUCCUGGCAAUAAGUCUCGCUACACUGCUGCGGUCCGCGCUGUACGCCCGUUGUGGCAAACUGCAGUUGCACCCCUCUGCCGGUUCCGACGCAACAUCACGUCUGCGCGAUCCUCAGCCUGUUGUGCUUGACAUGCUCAACGCCCUGCCAGAGUGUCACCGCCGCUGGCUGCGCGGUUUUCCACAGGCGGAGAUAAGCGCAGCGACACUUGACCUCGUUAGGCGCAUCGAAGAGCUCAGUAGCGACAUGAAUCGCCGCGAAGCGAUGCAGGCGCAGCGGCGGCAGCGGAUCGCAGCGAGGCUUGCCGGACUCGAGGGUCGCGUCGCUGAGAUGGACGGUAAGCUAACGCAGUGGCACCAGACCAUCCUCGACGGCAUUGUGCACCGCCGUGGUGGUGAAGCCUUCCGCACAGCCAACGAGCGCCUGGGGAAGGUGUUCACCAUGUUGAAUGAGCUCGAGCAGAGGUUGUAG